AUGCCCAACAACCGUAAAAGCACGCUCAAGAAGAUCGGAGGACGCGAUGGUGUUCAUCCGGGAUCGCGGAAAGCGGCGCAGAUCAACCGCGUCCACCUCCGCACCGUCAAGCUCAAGUCUCAGAAGCGUGAACACAAGGACCUCCGCACUGGCAAGAUGUUCCGUCCUCAGUUCUUCAUGCACACCCUCGAGGGGCCUGAGGGGCUCACUUUGGCCCAACUCCGCGCGCUGGUCACGGACGUGUUUCUUGCGCGCAACGACGAGCGGAUCGAGGAACUUAUGUCUGAGCGGCGGGCUGGACGGCCCAAGGCCACCGAGUUGGUCGAUCUUGAGGAGCUGCGGCGUGUUGAGAAUGCCGAGUGGGAGAGUGGGUUUGAGGUGCCCAACCUCACUGAUGCGCGGGCAACACGGCUCAUGUACGGGUGGCUUGAGAAUGGGACGCGGAUCAAGUCUGCGCAUAUCGACCUCUUGCCUAUGAUCCGAAUUGCCAAGGACUCGCCAGAGGUUGUUGUGGUGAGCCGGAAGGGCAAGCUCGAUGUUAUGGGGUUGGGAGAGGCGGGAGAGGCGGCAGCGGCGGACAUGGCGGUCGAAGAGGACGAGGAGGAGGUCAUGCAGGAGUAG